UGUCUUUCUCUCUUCUAUAUACCCAUUUCUCACCGUCACUAUCCUUUUCUCCUCUUCUCCUUCUUCCAUUUCUGUACUUUCCCUUUACCCUAACUUUCAAUCGCUCAAAAUAUUGUUAUUUUUCGUUUUGAAAAUUCUCUUUUGUUUAGAUUUUAUCAAAAAGCUGAUAAUAUUUCAGGAAUAUGGGUUUGGUAUGUCCUGAGUUAACUUUAGAUUUGAAACCAAGCUAUGUUCCUGAAACAAUUAAUGGGUUUUUAAGAGAAGUCUCCAUAAUCAAUGAUCCAUCUGAGAGAUCAAGAAGAUUUGAUGAAUUCCUUAAGCGAUUGGAAGAUGAAAUGAAGAAAAUUAAAGUUUUUAAACGAGAACUGCCUCUUUGCAUGCUUCUAUUGGAAGAAGCAAUCUUACAUUUAAAGCAAGAAUCAAAACAAUACAAAACAAGAGUUACUCAUCAACUAGUUUCAGAGGAGUUUGUCCCAUCGAAUAAGGAUUCAAUUCGUGGUGAAAAUACCCAAUCGAACAAGACAAAUGAGGAAGAUUCUGGAAGAGAAAUGAAGAAUUGGAUGAGAUCAUUUCAGUUAUGGGUUGAUGAUCAACCCAGUAAGAGUAGUGUAACAACUCAUAUGAGUUGCAAUCAGAAUCAAAACAAUAACCUUUCUGCAGAAUCUAAAAUGGUUGAUGAGAAAAGAAAUCCAAUUGUGGGAAGUGAUGUGUUUGAUCCUAGUAGAUUUAGGACAGAAUCAAAAGGGUUGAUUCCCUUAGUUCAUAGUUACCCUACUACUAUCCCUGAUAUGAGAAGGAAAGUAGAAAAUAAGGAAGAUGGAAAUGUUACAGGACUUAGUUUACUGGUUUCUGGAAUGAUCAAACAUCCUGAGGAGAACUCUAUUUUCAGGGGUUUUGAUCCUAAACUAGGUGGGACCCAGAAUUCAAGCUCUCCGUCUCCGGCUUCCGGUGGACGAUCCUCUCAGCAGCAGAUAUCUGCUCGGAAGCAGAGGAGAUGCUGGUCACCUGAAUUGCACCGACGAUUCGUUGAUGCCUUGACAGAACUUGGUGGUGCUCAAGUUGCAACCCCGAAACAAAUUCGUGAAUUGAUGCGGGUGGAUGGACUUACAAAUGAUGAAGUAAAGAGUCAUUUGCAAAAAUAUAGACUUCAUACCAGACGAGUACCGAAUGAUUCAGGCAAAAAAAACGGACAAGCUUCGAGUAAUUCGUGGUCUGCUCAAGAUCAGUACAGUGAAUCCUUGAAACCAAGUAACUCCCCAUCUUCCUCGCCUGAGGGUCCCCUUCAGUUCCCAGGGCUUACAGGUGGUACCUCUACCACUGGGGGUGAUAGCAUGGAAGAUGACGAUGAUGAGAAAUCGGAAAUCUUUAGCUAUGUUCACCGAUCAGGAAACGAAGAUGUAUAGGCAAAAUGUAUAUCUACUACUAGAUCAAGUUUGCAGAUAAAAACCAUUACCAUUAUACAUGGAGGAAGACUCAAAACAUAGUACUAUGUUUAUUAUUAUUACUACAAGUAAUAAUUCCAACUCGAGUUAGAUGAUAAUCCCAUCUAGAAAAUAGGCAAAACUCGAAGGAUUCUAAAUUUCUAAUCGAGAUGGACCGAAUUUUGCAGGAAUAGGAAUGUAGUUCCCUGGGAUCAUUUGAGUUAAUUUCCUUUGUUCUUAGUUGUAUUUGUUCCGGCAUAAUGUCAAGAUCCAGGUGUGUAGUAUAACACUGUACCAAUUUUCUUGAAUAAUAGUUUGGUGAAGUGGGGUGUAGUUGGGUGGAUUGGAUAAAUCAUCAAUUGUCCUACUCUUUGAGUAUACAUUAAUCGUCCUGUUAAUCAUCAUGAUGCAUAUCAGAUAUAAUAUUAUUAUUUAUGAUUCCAAUUUACAUUAAUUUACUACUUAUGUUUCACAGUAUCUGCACUUAUUAUUUUUUGGUUGUUUCACCAUAUGUCACUUAAUAAUUUUCU